AUGAACCCAGCAGACCACAUCAACCUUUCUGCCCAGAUGUCUCUGUUGGAGCAACAUGACAAUACGCUCAAGGCCCUCAUGGAACACAUGAAGGAGUUUUCCAUCAGCCUGGCAAGCCUGAGGACUCAAGUAAUCAACACAACGGCCACUGAUAACAUUUCUGCUCCUUCUGCUGCCCCAUCGCUAGUCCUGCCUCCUCCUACCCGAGAUGUUUUUGUUCCUCCACCGGCACCGUACCACGGCAACCUGGGGUCAUCCAAGCGUCUCAACUCAAGGCAAGCCAGACCUCCGUUCCGCACCGCCUGA